AUGUUUCCAGGCGCACGGAUUCUCGCUACGCUUACAUUAGCUCUUCACCUUUUACAUGGGACUAAUGCUGCCAUUGGGCCCACUGGCGACAUGUACAUCGUCAACGAGGACGUCUCUCCUGACGGCUUCACUCGUUCGGCUGUCGUCGCUCGCUCUGACCCCACCACAAAUGGGACGUCAGAGACGCUUACCGGCGUCCUCGUGCAAGGAAACAAGGGCGACAACUUCCAGCUGAACGUUCUCAAUCAACUGUCGGACACGACUAUGUUGAAGACCACUAGUAUCCAUUGGCAUGGCUUCUUUCAAUCCGGUUCUACGUGGGCAGAUGGACCCGCGUUCGUGAAUCAAUGCCCCAUCGCCUCGGGGAACAGCUUCCUAUACGACUUCAACGUCCCCGACCAAGCUGGAACGUUCUGGUACCAUUCGCAUCUUUCCACACAGUAUUGUGAUGGUCUUAGAGGACCAUUCAUAGUAUACGACCCUUCCGAUCCCCACCUGUCCUUGUAUGACGUUGACAACGCCGACACUAUCAUUACACUUGAAGAUUGGUACCAUGUUGUGGCUCCUCAGAAUGCGGUGCUUCCUACUGCUGAUAGUACACUCAUCAAUGGCAAAGGUCGCUUCGCUGGGGGGCCUACUUCUGCUUUGGCCGUCAUCAACGUCGAAAGCAACAAGCGAUAUCGUUUCAGACUUAUCUCGAUGUCUUGCGACCCCAAUUUCACGUUCUCGAUCGACGGUCACUCUUUGCAGGUCAUCGAGGCGGACGCUGUCAAUAUUGUGCCCAUCGUCGUGGAUAGUAUUCAAAUCUUCGCAGGCCAACGCUAUUCCUUCGUCUUGAAUGCCAAUCAGACUGUCGACAAUUACUGGAUUCGCGCAGAUCCCAACUUGGGAUCGACUGGCUUCGAUGGUGGCAUCAAUUCCGCUAUCCUUCGGUAUGCUGGUGCCACUGAAGAUGACCCUACCACGACUUCGUCGACGAGUACCCCCCUUGAGGAGACUAAUCUUGUGCCACUUGAAAAUCCUGGUGCUCCUGGUCCAGCUGUCCCUGGAGGCGCAGACAUCAACAUCAAUCUUGCUAUGGCCUUCGACGUUACUAACUUUGAACUGACCAUCAACGGUUCCCCCUUCAAAGCGCCGACUGCUCCUGUUCUGCUCCAGAUUCUGUCGGGUGCUACAACUGCUGCCUCGCUUCUCCCUUCCGGCAGUAUAUACUCGCUAGAAGCCAACAAAGUUGUCGAGAUCUCCAUACCCGCCUUAGCUGUUGGAGGACCGCAUCCUUUCCAUCUUCACGGACACACGUUCGACGUCAUCAGGAGUGCGGGCUCUACUACGUAUAACUUCGACACCCCUGCGCGACGCGAUGUUGUCAACACUGGAACUGACGCGAACGACAACGUCACUAUCCGCUUUGUGACGGAUAAUCCAGGCCCAUGGUUCCUCCAUUGCCACAUUGACUGGCAUCUCGAAAUCGGCCUUGCGGUCGUUUUCGCCGAAGAUGUGACGUCCAUCACGGCCCCACCUGCCGCGUGGGACGACUUGUGUCCGAUUUAUGAUGCUUUGAGCGAUUCCGACAAAGACAACCCUCGAUUUGGUUUCGCUCCGGCCACAGGGGGCAAGGCUACAGGCCGACGGAAUUGGUUCUCAAAAGCUCGUCGAAGAGCUAUUCUUGUGCCUUAUCUCAAGCUGUUGAAGUUGGGCCUUGUCAUGGUCUUCUACAUUCGUGCGGAGCGCAAUCAUGGACGCCUUUCUCAGUCGACACCACCCAAUCGACGAGUCGAUCAGAGGGAACUAAUUACCAACACCUGGGUUGAGAGGUUCUUCUUACACCGUCUGAUGUUCCUCAAGCUCUUUGUCGGCACUGCAUGUUUCAUGCACAUCUUCAACUCUGUUUCCUCUCUGGGAAUGUGCACCCUCCGCACUUCGCAUGGCUCUUCGGAGUCGCUCGCAUCACCCUCGGCCACGAUGAUGCUUGGUGGCGGCUUGACACUUUUGUCGGCGAACAUACGCCUGUGGUGCUACGCAGAGAUGAGAGAUCUCUACGACUUCGAAGUGAACAUCAAGAAGGCCCAUCGGCUUGUGACUACCGGGCCUUACUCCGUGUCGAUGGUAAUGUUUUCGAAGGAUCAUUGGCUUUAUCAGUGUGGCUUGAGAAGUAUGGUUGGCGUGGUGCUCAGCUGUAUUUGGUGCGCGGAGGUGGUUUUGAUUAAUGGUAUUAUGGUCCCUGCUCGAAUGAAAGUGGAGGACGACGGGUUGAGGCGUCACUUUGGGAGGGAGUGGGAUGAGUAUGCGUCGAGAGUCGCUUACCGCCUAGUACCAGAAAUCUACUAA